UAGAUCUACACAGAGACUCUUAAUUAAAUUACUCUCUGAUCUACAUAAAAUCAAGAUGGGCCACUCAGCCAAAAAAGUGUCCGCCGGAAGUUCGCUCUUUGCUUCAGAUGGCGCUGCAGUCUGUUUUGAAGCUCUCUUUCGUUUUUCCAGGAGAAGAAUAGGAAUAGCACCUCCUUGGAAAUCUGGCGAACUUUAGGUUCAAAUUUACUCCUUUCUAUCAUUCACUCAUUCUUUCUGUCUAUCUUCUUUUUGUUGCCGCAGCUAGAAAAUCUGCGGGUUGAUCUAGUAAAUUGACUUGUGAUCUUAGACAGAAAAUUACUGUCAGAAAGAAAUUCGAAGUGGUGUUCCGAGGUUGUGACCAUGCGACGUUCCCGAUGGAGGAAAAUUAGAGUAUACGCUGGGUAACUGUAAGUUACUGUAACGUAACUGUAUUGAAUUGUGAAGGGUUAACGAAAGGAAAGAGCUUCUAAUUUUCAUCGCAUCGUAAUGGAUGAGAGUUUCAUAAUGAUAGACUCUGAUUCAGGGUCUGAGGCCCUGGGACUGGAACCUCCUGCCGCAAAAAGGGGCAGGGGAAAGCCUCGAGGGGGGCGUGGCAGAGGGCGUGGCAGGAAGAGCACAAGUGGCGCUGCAGGGACCUCACGGGGGAGAGGGCAGGCUGCGGUAGCUACCAGGCGCAGUACGAGGAUUUCAACGGCAAACGCAAACAAAGGAACGCCGUUGGACUGUGUGGAGAUAUUGGAUAAUGAAAGCAGCAAUGAUGGAAGUAAUGGGGCUCUUGAUUGGGAGGCUCCCAUGAGUCCGGAGAAAAACAAUGAUGCUAGCACCUUUUCUCUGGCCAGUGUUUCAGAUGAGAGAAAUAAUAAUAACAAUAAUAAUAGUGAAAUCCUGACCAAUUCUGUGGUCUCUCGUUUAAGUGAAGAGCCUAUCAUACAUUUCUCAUCAGGCAGCUCACCUUUAAGAACAAACUCAGAAGAGAAAGAUCUUAGUUGUGACAAUGGCAGUGAAGCUAUUCUUGGGACUAGUGAGAUAGCUGGAUCCCAACAAAAAGAUGGUACUGACAGUGAAACUGUUCCUGGGACUAGUCAAGCCGAGACUGUGCCUUCCACUUCAUCUUCUUCCUCGUCUUCUUCUUCUGUGUUGCCAAAACUUGGACUUGUCAAAAAGACUACGAAAAGAGGCUUAGCCAAGAAAACUUCCGACUUGACAUCUGUGUCUGGGUUGACCAGCUCAUCCAGCUUUCAUGAUGUGUAUUCAAAGCCUGUAGAAGUUCACAAGUUUCUCUAUGACAAGGUUUCAGGAUCAGGAGAGGCUCAAAAUGGUGAAACAGAAGAUGUCCCAGCACCAACGGAGCCUCUUCUCCCUCCUGAGGAGCAGCCGACAACAUCUGCUGGUGUCCUGGAAGAGCGUGCUGUUUCCCCUGCUGAAGAGGUCGAGUUGAGUGAAGAUGAGUCUUUUACUGUUGAAGCAAAGAGGGGCUCCUACGCAAAGGCGAAACCAGUGGUACAGGCUAGAGUCAGGUCCCCGACUCCUCCACCCACUCUUGAUGUCAAAGCCCCCAACGCCAAGAAAAAAAGGCUGAAUAAGAAGCUAACGAAGGCUUUCAAUGCCUUGGUGAGUGCUCAAGUAACAUUGAACGAUCCUCCGGUAACUCCAAUUCGCAACACUCGCAGGGGCCGUAAGUCUGCAGCAAGCGACAUAAUUUUAGUCGAGGAAGAGAGCCCCCAGAAGAUUGACAUGGUUGUUAAAGUCAGAUUCCUAUCGAAAGUUCAUAGAAUCAAGAUGAAAUUGAUUGAGCCCUUCCAGUGGCUGGUGUCUCGUCUAAGCGAAGAGCUUGGGGAAGAGGAACACGAGCUGUCGCUUUUCCUUCAAGACAAGCCUCUGUUGCUGAAAACAAGCCCAAAGGACAUCGGGUUGACUGUCGCAGAUAUUAUUGAGUGCUACUGCAUCGCGGCCAGGGAUGAGGAUGAUGACGGGGAUGAAGACGCCAUUGACUUGUACAUUCAGUGCAGCGACAGAAGGACCAGGGUGAUGAUGCGAGCCAAGAAGCGAUUGCCCCUGAGUGAUGUCAUGCAGAGAUAUGCGACCCGAAUGGGUCUGGACGAGUCCAAAAUCAAGUUCUCAUUUGACGGAGAAGAUGUGAACUCGAGGGACACUCCUGACAAACUGGACAUGGACAGCGAUGACGUCUUGGAUGCUGUUGUGCUCCACUCAUAGCUCUAGGGGGGGGGGAUAGGGAGAUAUUGGUGUGUUUGAGGAAACUGGUAGUUUCACUCAGAUCUUUCUGAACUUGUGCCUGCAGACCUGCCUAGUAUUCCAAUAAAAUUGAAGCUCUCCAAUUUUACAUUCUUUUUUACUUGUUGAAGAACCGAGAUUGGAUUUGUAUAAAGUCUGAUUUUUUCUUAAAUUCCAUUUCCAUUGGUUGUAUGAGACUUUUGUAAAUUACGUGAAAAUAUAUAUUAUUAUUUACAUGUAUUCGUAACUGUUGGUUUGUCAAUCUUUAGACUUUAGGGGUUCUGGAGACUCCCAGUUUUUUUCUCCAAAAACCCCUCUAUUCUUUAAAAAGAUUUUGAGGAAAUCUCUAUUUUUGGUCUUGGAGUGGUUGGCAGGUCUGUCUUAUGUUGCGGCUUAGCCCUUCAAUCUGGAUGUUUUUGUGCUCUGCUCAUAGCCUUAGGUGGGGGUCAGGGGGUCACAGGGAUAGGGAUGGAUGUUUGUGGGUUUGAGGAUACAGGCAGCUCUAGGUUUUUCUGAACUGACGCCUUGUGUAGCGGUUUAACCAAUCACGAGGUUAUUGAUAGUCACAGUGUCGUUACCCUACAGACUUACAAAGCCUGCUCUACUCUGGCAUUAACCAGAUAACAAGGACAUGUGGUUACUUCAGGGAGGCAUUGCGCUGCAAAGAGCGAAAUGCUCGCAGCUAAAGGGAUUUGAAAACAACAACAACAGUGUCGUUACUGUCCCUCAGAGGUUAUUGCGACCUUAGUCGUGAUGGUAAACAUGGGCUCUUGAGGCUCGAUUUUGUGUCAGGAACCGCCGGAAAUUGUUUAAACUAAGUUAAACUCUUUUCAAGGAAGGUUUACCUAGCACUUCCUGCCCCAAACAAGAAUCUAGACCGAGGAUUGGAAUAGAAAAAAAACCAGUCUAGGAAUUUGUUUACAUCAGUCACUAACGCAGUAAUUGAAUCUGAAAUGGUUGCAAAUAUGAAUGUUCAAUGCAUUUUGUCGGGAUAGUAGUGAUUCAAGAGGAAACAGACUGCAUUUCACUGCAAAAAGUGUGAGGUAUAUAUAAAUAUAUAGCCCUGGUGUCCGUGGCUGCUUUGAACUGUGUCACUUACACUAGGACUGGGAGAAAUUUGACACUACAACGUCAGGGCUAACACGCAGGCAAAGACGCUGACAAACAAACAAAUUCAAUCUAUGACAAGGUAUUGUUUUGAAAAUUUUUGUCCCAUGUUUUUUCUUCACUCAAUUUCGAUGAUACUUGGUUCAUAUAUCUUUAUAUUAAAGAAAUAAGAAA